ACUCUGCCGGUUGGAGCUUGACUGGAGGGUUUCUCUGCCUGGUGUGGCAUUCACAUCCUAACUCUCAUGUUGUAACAUCCAGCAUCGCUUGGCUUCCCCUGCACACUGGCCUGAAUCCAGGGAUUUGAAGUGGACAGGAGAGACUGAGAGACAGAGUGCAUGUGUGCUGGAGAGAGAUAAGGGAAGUUAGAAGUAGAAGGGAACGAACACAACAGUUCAAGGAGAGAAGAAUCGGAGAAGCAGGUGAGAGAGCAGAGAGUCGAAUCCAGAAAGUAAAGAAGGUUGAAAAAGCUUUUUGUACACUAAAAAAAGCCCACUGAUAUGGCAGCCAUGGAAGCACUGGAGUCCUCAAGUGGCAUGUUCGAGCCACAUACCCUCACAGAGGUCUCAGACGAUGAGGUCAACCUUCCCCCCUCAGAUGAUGAAGACGAUGCUCUGGCUGCAGCCAAGAGAGAGCUGUCCCUCAUGGGCACGGAGGGGGACGCCGUGGAGGAAAAGGAAGAGGAGUCGAAAGGGGACCAACAGGUGAACGGAGUCAUGGUGCUGACUCUGCUCGAUAAGAUCAUCGGGGCGGUGGACAAGAUCCAGGUGACCCAGAACGGGCUGGAGGCCAGGCAGCAGGACAUGGAGCGGUCGGUGACCAGCAUCCAAGGCGAGCUGACCAAACUGUCCAAGAGCCACAGCACCACGUCCAACAGCGUCAACAAGAUGAUGGAGAAGGUGCGAAAGGUGAGCGUCAACGUGAAGACGGUGCGGGCCACCCUGGAGAAGCAAGGAGGCCAGAUCAAGAAGCUGGAGAACAACGAGGCCGAGCUGCUCAAGAGACGCAACUUUAAAGUCAUGAUCUACCAGGAUGAAGUGAAGGUUCCCUCCAAACUCAACGUGUCCAAAUCAAUGAAGGUUUCUGAAUCGGUGUCUGGGAGCAGGGGAGGCAGCCUGCUAGAGCUCAAGGAAGCUGACGAGGAGCUGGCAGAGGAGGGAGGAGAAAAGGAAGACAAACCCCACAUAGACCUCUCGUCUGAUGAGGAGGGAGAGGUGGCCGAGGAGGUCAUUUUAGAGACCCGUGCCGAACGCAUCAAACGCAGCAGCCUGCAGCGCGUGCAGACCCUGAAGACGGUUUUCUCAAAGGAGAAGAUGGAUAAGACCAAAGCCAAGACCAAACAGAACCUGGAGAAGACCAAACAAAAAGCCAAGGACAACCUGGAGCAGACGAAGCAGAAGACAAAAGAUAAUCUGGAGAAGACCAGGCAGAAAACCAAGGAGAAUAUAGAGAAGACCAGGCAGAAGACCAAGCAGAACCUGGAGAAGACUCGUCACAACAUCGAGAAGAAAAUGGGCAAGCUCGGAAACCGCAUCAGCGUCAACCAAGAGCGCAAGCAGAAGAUGCAGACAUCCCGUGACAAGGUGAAGAAGGCCUUUACGCCUGACCAUGUGGUUUACGCCCGGUCCGAGAUGGCCGUGUACAAGGUGCCCCCCUUCACCUUCCACGUCAAGAAAAUCCGGGAAGGCGAGGUUGAGGUCGUCCAACAAGGCACCGAGAUGGUGGAAGUGUGCCCAGAGGAGCACUUCAGCGGGGUGGAUGAGGAGGUCGAGGAGGCGGGAGAGGAGGUGGAGAUGGAGAUGAUGAACGGAGGAGGGGACGAGGAAGAGGCUGAGGAGGAUGAAGAGGAGGACCAAGAAGUCCUGCAUGAGCAUGAAGACAGAGAUAGAGACAGCGACUAGAUGUAACAAAGAAGAGAUUUGCCAACAUCCCUGAAAUAAUCCUUUGCACCAACCCUGAAGUUCUUUUUAAAAGAACCGUUUGAUCUUUCAGAUUUUGGCCGCCAUUCCUUUAAAUAAUGAUGACUUGUGUUUUGAAAUUACGUUUUUGCUGAGAUCUGAGAACAUGGCUCUUGCCUUAUUCGACAGGUUAUUCUCACGUCCAGACUAGCCAAAGGAAGUGCCAAAGAACCCUUUUGGUCAGGAAAGCUUCAGGACAGAUGUGUGCCAAUUAAAAUAUGCUGUUAAGGAAUGUUACACGAUUAAAGGACCUCAUGUUGGAUCAUGCUUUAAAGGGAUAGUUCUGUAUUUUUGAAGUGACUUUGGAUGAUGUACGUGCCAAUAGUCAAUAUAUCAGCCUCAGGAGUUGCUGGUCAGCGUGGCAGCCCCUUUAAAGAGAGACUGGCCGGAGUGCCUGCACACAAGCUAGGCUAAAUGGCUUUAAAGACGGGGGCUGUUUGCACGGCAUAAUUUUGCUAAUGUUAAAGAAAAAACAAGCUAUAAAACUAAGUUGGGGUAAAUGUGGUCUAGCUUGAGAAAAUUCCUGGUGAUUUAAUUUUCCGUCAGCAAGCCACUUCACUUUAACAUUACUUUGCCACACUGUUCCUCCGCCUGCUCAAAAAAUACCAAACUACCCCUUUAAGACCAAUUCAUGAAAACAAUUUAUGAUCAUCUAAAAACAGACAAAGAGGUCAAGCUGAGACUGGCCUAAAGCCUCCUUGCCUACAGCCACAUUACAGCCACCUUUCAAUCAAAAUAACCCCCUUAUUAAUAACAUUUCUGCACAACUCUUUACCCUAUAAUAAAGCAGAUUAAAAAUGUCACCCAAUAAAGAAAUGGGUGACUGAACGUGUUCUUCAAACCAGGCUAUAAACAUUUUGAUUUCUGCUGUACAAAUGGAUAUUUAAACAUAAUGGGGAUUGGUUUGCUUUUGCAGCCAGCUCAAGUGGACGCUCGAGGAACUGCAGUUUUUGCACUUCAUUGGCUUUCUUUCUCAACAAUGGAGGUUCCUGUUAAGGACAAAUACAAGACUCCUAAUGCAUGCUAAGACACCUUAGGUUUCGAUACCCUAACAGACAUCUGUUUCCUAACACAUUUGACAUAUCAAUAUUUUUUUUAAGUCAAUAAUGUGCCAUUGUUUCUUUAACAGCUUCUAAUGCUGCACUCAAAAUUGCAAUAUUAAGAUUAGAUGAACUGUGCACGUUGCAAAGAGAGCAGGGGUCAGCAGCUGACUCCGAACAUUUGCAUUCUCAGAUCUCAGCAAGUUACCUUGGUCAACACAGUAUUGUUUAUUUUUUAAAGGAGCGAUGGCCAAAAAUACAAAGAGAUUUAAGAUGAAUAAAAAGGUUAUCACUUAGCAUCUUAAGGUUGGGCUAUUUUAUUUUUUUUCCGAAAGGCUGAAUAAAAUUCUUCUGGUAUUUGUGAAAGCACUUCAAGGGGCUGAUUAGAGUCCUUUUGUGAUUGGAUGAAAAAGAUGUUCAUGAAAACUGAAAGAGGACGAAGAAUAUGGGAUGAGGAAUCAGAGAACAACUUUUUUGUGGGUGGGACUACUUUGGGGAGGGAGGGGGGGCUAAUGACAGGGCUGAUGAUUCUUAUGAAGAGGUGACCACCAAUACCCUUGUAAGAAAAUGUAACUUGUCAGCGUUCAUUUUUUCAAAGUGCUAACCACUCGUAAAUAGUGGCAUGAGAAUAUGGACACGCAUCAUCAUCAUUCUGAUCAUUGCAUUUGUUGAAAAUGAUUUGUUACAUGUUCACGCUUCUUUCAGAAAUUCCUUGUAUUUUAAUAUUUUUUACAUUUCACACACACACAUGAACCAUUUCCUCUCCAUGCAUUCAUUGCUCAGCUGUUUAAACAAGUGUUAUCUUACUCUGCCUUGACACAUCAUUAGAAGCACAUCGAUUCGGUUGUAACUUCUAGUUUAGGAGCUCACAGUUUAAUGUUUUUUUGUCUGAUUUUUUUAUGUGAUCACCAUUUACACAAGGCCGAUGUCAUCUCCUUUUCCUGUGACAGAACGUAGCCUCACAGUCGUCCUUUCCGCUCUCUUUGUUUCAUGCUUUUGUUACAUUUUACCGCCGGUUUCCACCAAAGACUAACCAGAACCAAUGAAGAUGAAGGUCUGCAAAACACAGAGCCGAGACAGCUCAUUCAUAGGUCCAUUACAUUUCACUCACUGCUCGUUUUCACACUCUGAUCUCCUUUAAAUGUUUUAUGUGCUAUUUAAAGAUGUUUUUCAUUUAUAAACAGAUUUAAGGACCAAUUCUUUCAGCAUGUAUUACAAACCUUAAUCUUCCUAUCAACACUGUGUACUCUCUGGUCCAGUCCAUGUGCAAGAACAAAGUUUCCCAAAAAGUGUGUAUGUUAUUGCUGCGGUGUGACGCUGCCCUCUAGUGUCCAGUCAUCUCACUCUAAUGAUCUCUGCUGCAGAUUAGAGGUGCAUUUCACCUGAUCUCUUCACUGCUCUCUUUCAAUUGAUCUUUAUAUUAGAAGAUGUCCACAUUGAUGUCACAUUUUUUUUUAGUGCGUAACAAGAUGUAUAAAUGUGUUUUAUAUAGCCGCCACGCCUCGUGGUAUAUUAUGAGUGCCUUGCGAGAAUUAAUUCAGGAACUAAUGUUUGACAUUCUUGAAUGUUCUGCUCUGACUGCAUUUUCAAAGCACAUUCGAGAUCAAUUUGCAUAUGCAUCUAUCCAAACACAUUCUGGUAAGUGUAGCGGGACAUUGAAGUGGCUGAUGGGGAGUUUCACCUGCAUAGAUCAGCAGUCAAUUAAAGAGAAAGAAAAACAUUUGGGUGGAAAAAAAAUAAAAUUGACCGUUACCAAAGACCACGACAUUGCCACAGUAUCUUACAAAGUUUAGUUCCUAUCUCAAAGACAUCACAGUUUUAUUUGUUCUUUUGUUAUGUAUAUAAUGUGAAUCACUGCCUGUGCAGAUCAUCAUGCAUUAUGAUUUAUUUACAAUGAGAGCCUCUCGCCUUCUGCUGCCUGCACCUCUUCUUCUUUUAGAAACAGCUUCUCGGGCCCAAUUAUUUUGAUGUGUGCACAGAUUUUAUGCGCAGUAUGUGAUAUCGACACACUUACAGUGAUGAAAUAUUGCAGGUUUUUUUUUUGGCACGUUUAAGAAAAUAACUUUCUUAUCGUGGUUUAAUGCUCAGCCAUUCAGAGAGGAGGAGCUAUGUCUGUCAGAGCAGCAACAACAUGCAGCCGUGCUGAGGCCCCCAAACAGCGAAGCACAAAAUGUAGUUCACACUUCAAUGUUUCCUUGCUUUGGUUUUGUUUCCUGUUUAAUGUUUCAUUGCUUAACCACUAAUGAUUUAAUUAAUAAAAGCUAUUUGGUUCACA